CGUGAUCUUACAAUAAAUAAAAGUAAGCAGACGAUGAUAUCAUGGCAAGAACCAAACAAGCGAUAAAACUUGCAACGCCAAAAUUCAAUUACGUUCGGCAAUACCUAUCAGUCAAAAGACAGCAAUUUAAAAAUGAAUUAAGAACAGGUGGCAUUAAAAAAGUGAAAAAAUUUCGGCCAGGAAAUAAUGCUCUGUCGGAAAUAAGAAAAUUUCAGAGAACCACCGAAUUUCUGAUUCCAAAAGUGGCAUUCCAACGACUUGUUAAAGACAUUUCUCAUGUCUUUGUUACAGAAAUAAGGUUUCAAUCGGCUGCAUUGACGGCGUUACAGGAAGCAGCGGAAACCUAUUUGACUUCAUUGUUCGAAGAUGCAAACCUUUGUACACUUCAUGCAAAACGAGUGACUAUAAUGCCAAAGGAUAUCCAGUUAGCAUUACGGAUAAGAGGUGAAAGAUACUAUGUGCAAUGAAAAGGAACAUGUGAUAAAAAGGCUACAAGCUGUGAUAUAUAUAUAACAAUUGUUUAGUAUACUCUUAUCAGUAUGACAUCAAUUAUGUAUUAAUAUUUAUUUUUUAUUAAA